ACCAGCUGGUGCCACGGUCUCACAGUCCUCCAUACUAAUUUGUGUGCAUCAGAAACUGGGAAAUGGACAUAAUAUUUAAGCGUAAAUCCAUAACUACCAUCUUUGGGUGUUUAUUUGCCUUAUUCCUUCACAAAAUCUGCUUUGCUGAUAAAAUUUGUACAGUCCCCUCAGAGCCUGUGACAAUUCAAGAGAAUAACACCGCUGACACAGUUGUUGUCCGUAUUAACACAAUAACAAAGGAUGUAACGCUGAACCUCACCGAGAAUCCUGGGAAUGCCUUCGAUCUGAAGGGUUCAGAACUGAUAGCAAAGAAAGGCCUGGACUUUGAAACACUUUCAGCUCCUGAAGAACUAACUGUCCAGAUCCGAUGUAACAAAACUGGCCACAGAAGUAUCACUCUGACUGUGAUUGUUCGUGUUGUGAAUAUCAACGACAACCCUCCAUCAUUUGACAAGAGCGAGUAUACACUUGACGUAAAUGAGCUCACACCAGUUAAUACCAGCAUUGCCCUGAUUGAAGCAAUAGAUGACGAUUCAGAGGUUCUGUAUUACUCUAUGGAACCAACUGAGAACAGAUACUUCAGACUUGAGACCAUGUAUACACCAAACAUCCUUGUGAACAAGAUUUUAGAUUACGAUGUCAUCCAACAGGUGAAACUGAUCUUGCAUGUGCAGGAUACUCCACCUCCAUCACAACUGGUUGAACACUCUUUCACAGCUUCAGCAACAAUCAUCGUCAAUAUUAUAGACAUCGAUAACCGUCCUCCCUGGUUUCAACCAUGUACAAGAGUAACCACUGGUAAUGCCAAAAUCUGCCUGAGCCUGGGGUACAGGGUCAGGGUGAACUUAACAGAGAAACAGGAUGGAGCAUUGCAAUUUCAGCCAGGUCCAGUGUAUGCCAGAGAUGGAGAUAAAAGCAGAAAUGAAGAGAUAAGCUAUAAAAUUGUUCGAGGAAAUGAGGACAACAUAUUUCAGAUUGAUGAGAAAUCUGGAAACAUAUCCAUGCUGAAACCAGCAGACAUAGCAGGCCCUAUAUCACUCUUAGUUUUAGCUUCCCAGGUAGUAAAUAGAGAUCAGUUUGCCACCACUUCAGUCACUAUUGAAGUAAUGAAAAAGAGCAGAAAUGCUCCAAAGUUUGAAAAGGACCGAUAUGAAGGCUAUGUUUACAGUAAUUCAGGGCCUGAAAACAUGGUGCUAAGGGACAGGACAUCCAACAGACCAAUCAGAGUCAGAGCAAGGGAUGAAGAUUUUGCGAGUGGAAUCAACCCUGACGUAAGAUAUGAAGUUCAGUAUAGCAGCUAUGUUAAUAUCACAACAGAUGGGUUUAUACUUUUGAAGAAAGCCGUUCGGACUGAUUCCUUCGCUUUGCAGCUUCGGGCAGUGGAUGUGUCUACUGGUGAGAUAGGGACAGCUAGUCUUUCUGUGACUGUAGUACCAUCAGUAGGGGUCCAGUCACCCGACGAGGGGUACCGUGCAGGAGACAUGGCUUUGCUGGGCUUUGUGAUGGCUGCGUUACUGGUGCUCUGCCUCAUUGUGAUUGGCUAUCUGAUAUCCCGCGUCAAGAAGGGGAAUCCUGAUGCAUUCAAGUCUGAGGUCAGCAUCUUCUCAUCAAAGCUCAGAGACACAGGGAGAUCCAGAUCCAAGCGAGCUGAACUGAGAGAAAGACUGGAUGCAGUUCAGGCAGCAAGGGUGCGAGUGAUACCUCGCAAGAGACAGAGGCACUGCAGCUCCUGUGGACUCCAGACGCAUACCACCCAUUCACACCAUAGUCCUGCCGGCCAAGCCAGAGGAAAGGCAAACAAGCAUAAAGUAAAAUCCAUUCUGGCUAAAGAGAGGAGGAAGGAUGACAGACAAAAGACCGUUUGGUUCAAGGAGAGAGAGGAUUCAUCAGAUAUCGAGGUGGAGAUCAUCCCUGACAAUAUAGGGCUUAAGCCUGAAGAGGACAUGGAGAAAAUCGAAUGGGAUUUUGCUUCCACUCAAACGGAAGACAGUGAAAUGGAACUGGGGGAGUUGACAAUGCUGAAUAUUCAAGACUUGAGUAGCAGGGAAACGGCGAUUUCUGAUAGUAGAGAAGAAUUGAACACAGAAAGAAGAGAUCAGUGAGGAUCUCAGAUGCUCUUGCUCAGUAAAACUAGAGCUCUUUGCUCAUCAGAGACUGGAUUCAUUUUUUCCUCAAGUUCACAUGAGUUUUGAAAUAAUGUAUUUUUGUGAAAAUAAAACCCGGGUUCAGUUCAGACAUAAUGAAUUGCAAAAUACUGACACAUUUAUUCAUAUUUGUAAAUGAUGACGGCUUUAUGAUAUAUUAUUUUCCAUUGUGUGAUGAGCGUGCUAAACUAAUUUGAUGUACAGUAAUAUGUCUAUGAUUUCAGAAAACAAUACUUGCAGUUUUAUUUAAUGUUGGCUGUGUCUAUGAAUAAUACAUUGUGAAAUAGAGUAUUUUGUAUAAUUAUGUAAAUUAUGUGGAAAACAUCUAGAAUAAAGCACAUUUGAACAUAG